AUGCCGCCGUAUACUUUUAAUCCGAACAGACUUAAGAUCCAUCUUAAGCUAGCUGUUAACCGUCUUAAACUUGCACAACAAAAGAAAAAUGUACUUAAUAAGCAGGCACGAAAAGAUAUCGCUGCAUUACUUGAGAAUUCAAAGGAAGAGAGCGCAAAAAUUCGUGUUGAAGGUAUCAUUCGGGAAGAUUAUUAUAUCGAAGCGUUAGAGAUGUUGGAACUUUAUUGCGAACUUCUUUUGGCAAGAUUUGGACUUAUAGAACAAAUGAAACAAUGUGAUCCUUCUAUAAGUGAGGCAGUGAAUACUUUAAUUUAUGCAGCGCCAAGAUCAGAAAUUAAGGAAUUAAGUUUGGUUCGAGAUCAAUUAAUUGCAAAAUUUGGAAAAGAAUUCGCAUUAAAUGCGAUUGAAAAUAAGAAUAAUUGUGUGAAUGAAAAGCUUAUACAAAAGCUUAUGUUCAGUGCAGCAGAUCCCUAUUUGGUGAAUAGCUAUCUUGAGGAGAUCGCAAAAUCAUAUAAUGUAAACUGGAAAAUGGAUCCUAGUGUGAAUGAUUCACUAUUAGGGAUUGACUAUUUAAAUACAACAAAUAAACCGGAAUUUACCGCCUUACCAGACAUGGAAUUACUCUUGUCUAUGAAUAAUGAUCACGGAGGAAAUAAUAAGUCGUCUCCGAUAAUUUCGUCCGAUUCCGAUUGUCUUGUUUUGGACGCUCCUGCCCCUCAACUACCUAAAAACAAAAAAAAAGACAAACUUGACAGGCCACCAUCACCAUUAUUACCACACGACUUUUCUCAAAAUGACUUUGCUACACCACCACCAACAUAUUCUACUA